CGGGUAAAAUGAUCCGUCGGCUUAAAACAAGAGUGAUUCAUCAUCAUCAUCAUCAUCAUCAUCAUCAUCAACAACAACCUGUUUACUUUUUUUCCUCAACCAUCGUUCAAGCAAGAAUUACAAGGAUCAAAUUGCAUUGAUUAAAAGAAUUAUUAAAACCUCGUAUUAAGAUGAGCGUGAUUCAAAUCCUUUUCCGGGUCGAUGAAAUCUGCAAAAAGUAUGAGAAAUACGACGUUGACAAGCAAAGGGAGCGCAAUGCCGCCGGUGACGACGCCUUCACGCAUCUCUACGACACCAUCGAGUCCGGUAUCGAGGCGGUCCUUCGUAAAUCAGAAGUGGUGGCAAUGGAGACAAAUAGGGCUAAGGCGGUGGCGUUGAACGCCGAGAUAAGGCGGACAAAGGCUAGGUUAUUGGAGGAUGUUGCCAAGCUACAAAAGUUGGCUUACAAGAAGAUUAAAGGGCUCUCAAAAGACGAUAUGGUCGCUCGUGGUGAUUUGGCUCUUGCAUUAGGAGAGAGAAUUGAAGCAAUCUCCGAUGGAGGAAUUAGCAACGCCAAAAAUAAUGGAUGGGCGAGUUCAAGCAAUCCUAACAAUAUCAAGUUUGAUAUGCAAGGAGAUGGACACUUAAGCGAUGGAUUUUUCCAAGAGUCGGAGCAAUCAAAUCAAUUUAGGCAAGAGUAUGAAAUGCGAAAAAUGAAACAGGAUGAAGGUCUAGAUUACAUAUCUGAAGGACUCGAGACAUUGAAGAAUCUGGCGCAUGAUAUGAAUGAGGAACUAGAUAGACAAGUACCCUUGGUUGAUGAAAUUGAUACAAAGGUUGACAAGGCUAACACUGAUCUAAAGAACAACAAUGUCAGGCUGAAACAGACACUUCACCAGAUAAGAUCGAGUCGCAACUUUUGCGUUGAUAUCAUCUUGCUGUGCGUGAUUUUGGGCAUUGCAGCUUAUUUAUACAAUGUUUUGCAGUGAUCCGAUUAUGGAGCUUUCGUGAACUCAAACAUUGAUUUUUAAUCUUUUUUUUAUUUUACCAAUUUAAUUGGUCUCUUUUGUGCAUUCAGUAUAUUAUUUAUGGUGUCACUUGUACUUCUAAAAAGAUUAUUUUUUCACACAUCCUAACACUUAUAAAGCCUUGAACUUCUAUUACUAUUCACCCAAUAUUGCAAUUACCUACAUACCCCUAA